UCCAAAUUUAUUAUAAGUUGAAAAACGAUCUGAGAAUCCUUGUAGGUAUAGGAAAAAUUAAUUUUCAAACUCCAAAAGAAAUAGGAAUUCUCAUGUUGAUGAGAAUUGAUAUGAUCUAAGUCGGUUUAUUUCACUUUUUAUAGAGCUUCUGCUUCUUCUUCUCUGCCCUUUUCACUGCAUUGUACGUAGUCAAGAAAAGAAGAAACGAUGGGUUUAAAGGAAAAUGAUGAAGAUCGGAGUCCCUUCCAGUGCUUGCUAGAUGCGGCUGCCUUGGUAGAGAGGUUGGACGAAGAAACGAUGAGACUGAAACUGAAACAAGGGUUGAACAAAAUUGACGACAACAACUCGUCUGGCGUUGAUACCCGACCCACAAACUAUACAACUGUGAGAAUAUUUGGAACUGAUGUUAUAAUUGCUGCCAUCGACGAAGACGUGAUUACGAACCAGCCUCCAGCUGGUUCUUCAAAGAAACGAAAAGAAAGGGUUGAGUCAAGUAGAGCAAAGCAGCCGAUGCCGAAACAGAAAAGGAAAAAGCUCAAGCACGAGGCUACUUUUGGGGCUCAACCCUGUUUGCCCCAAAGGUUCAAAGAGAUAAUCAAAUGCAUGGAUGGAAGCGAGGAGAAACUAAUUAUACAAAAGGCACUCUACAAAACUGAUUUGAGCAAGCACCACGGACGUCUCUCCAUACCCAUGAAUCAAGUCGAGGUCGAGUUUCUUACAGAUGAAGAGCUGAAACAAAGCAGCAAGGAGGGGAUAGAAGCAUUGGUGAUUGAGCCAUGUUUGAAAACCAGGGACAUGAGUUUGAGAAUAUGGGACAUGCCAAAGCCAACAGGCCGUUUCAGCUCCCUCUAUGUCUUAGUAACUGGGUGGAAAUCAGUGGUAGAAGGUAAUGACUUGAAGGUAGGUGAUGUGAUUCAAGUGUGGUCAUUUCGGGUCAAUUCCAAAUUGUGUUUUGCACUCGUAAUUGUUCCUUGAACAAGGAAGACGAAGCUAGAUUUCAGAUUGGACUGGAGUUGUCCCAAAUUCAAGGCGGCUGUAAUUUUAUUUGCCAUUAUUUCUUAAUUUUUUGAAUUUCUUGUAUUGGAAACAUCUAUCAAUCAAUGCAACUCUUCUC